AUGGAAAUGUACGUGGCUGAGAUUGGUGAAAUAGUACGUGCUCAGAGGAGAGACGAGGAGUUUGUCGAUGAAAUAACUGAGAGACUCUCAAAGGUUGUCAAAGUGCUUCUCGGUCAGCGUCGGUGGAUUCGCUGGUAUCCCUAUCUUCAUUCCAUUGCUUCCAGCUUCUAUUAUAUAAAUACAAUCGGAGCUGGCAAUCAAAGUCUUGGCGAGGAAUACGUGCACUUAUUUGAGUCAGACGGGCUUCGUCGAGUUGCGCCAUCGAUUCCUGCUCGUCUUUCUUUCGUACUUUUGCAUUCUGUAUUUCCAUUAAUUUCCAAUUUUCUUCUACAGAAAUCCGAAUCACUCGUUUCUCAUCCUUCGACGGAAACUUUUCUUGGAAUUUCAAUUCGAGACAACAUAAAGGCUCGGAAGUCAUUUAUUCAAAUAUUCCAGUGGCUCAGGACAACCGCAUUACCGCAGUUUCAAAGAGCUCACUUGGCUGUUUUUUAUAUCACCGGUGCGUUUUAUAGUAUAGCUCGAAGGAUCACUGGUAUUCGUUUUUUAUCGGCAAAUCCGCAUACAGAUAUACCUGCUUUAAAAGUGUAUCGUUUUCUCGGAUAUAUCACAAUCGCCCAAUUGUUUAGCAGUGCGAUUUUUGCAUUGAUUUCGUAUAUUGAAGCGGAACGCCAGAAGAAUUCCGAAAAAUCCGUUGAAAAAGUGGUGCAGAAUAACGAGGAAAAUUUAUCUGUGUCGCAUCCGUGGUUUAAAUGCACAAUUUGUCUUGAAUCGACUAAUCCGUCAGCGCUUUUCUGUGGGCACAUUUUCUGCUGGAGCUGCAUUCAAGAACACUGUUAUUCAUCAAUAUCCACUUCGUCGCCAAUUCGUUGUCCUCAGUGUCGUUUAGAAUUCGAAAGUCGAGAUGUCACUCCCUCCAAGGCUCAUCAAAUUCGUCAAUUCUCAUCGUCUUUCGCUCAUCCACCGGUUUAUUUUACGGGAAUUCAACCGACAGGAAUCCCUCAUUUAGGAAACUAUUUCGGUUUUAUCGAACCAUGGACGGAUUUCCAAAAAACUCUUCCUUCCCAAACUCAAAUGAUUCUUGCAAUUGUUGACCAACAUGCAAUUUCUCUUGGACCACUUCCAGCUGAUAAACUGCGAAAAAAUAUUCGACGAAUGGCAUGUAGUUUGAUCGCCUCUGGUGUCGAUCCAAACCGAACUCUUCUAUUCCGUCAAUCAGAUGUUCCUCAAAUCGCACAAUUGUCCUGGAUUCUUGGAUCGCUUCAGACGACGUCGAAACUGGCCAGAUUGCCUCAGUUUAAGGAGAAAUCUCUAAGAUUCAAGAAAGGCGAUAUUCCAGUUGGUCUUUUAACAUAUCCUCUCCUACAAGCUGCCGAUGUCCUUUCAUUUAAGGGAACUCAUGUUCCUGUCGGCGAGGAUCAGAGUCAACAUAUGAACUUGCUCACCGGACUCUCUUAUGCGUUCUCCAAAACAUUCAACACUCAAGUUUUACCUAUUCCCAAACAGGUGACGAGAGAAUGUCAUUCCCGAAUUCGAUCGUUGCGAGAACCAGAGAAAAAGAUGAGCAAAUCGUCGGGAGGAGAAAAAUCAAGAAUUGAUAUAAAUGAUUCUCGCGAGGUCAUUUUCGAGAAAUGCCAAAAAGCAAUAAGCGAUAACCUUGGUAAUGUGACAUAUGACAGAGAAAAUCGGCUGGCUAUCUCGAACUUGCUUGAUUUAUACUCUGCAGUCACUAGGCAGCCUGUUGAAAAAAUUGAAUUCGAAAAUUGGACGUCUUUUGAUUUAAAACGAAAUUUGGCUGAGAGAAUUGAUGAGAGAUUUGCGCCGAUUCGAGAGAAAUAUGAACAUCUCGAAAAAGGAAGCGAAGUCGAUGAAAUACUUGCCAAAAAUGGGAAAAUUGCGCGAAAUAUUGCCGAAAAGACCAUUGAGGAAGUUCGAAAAGUUAUCGGUUUUUUAUAG